CUUCUCGGGCGACGCGAGCAGGGGUUUGGGCCCCGGCCCGCCGGCACCGGGACGCUCCCUCCUCGCUGCACCAGCAUCAACAUGGACAAAGCACAUCACAUCCAAGAGUCUCCCAAGCCUGAAGUUUCUUGCCUGAAAAAUGAAUGUGAUGACCAGCUGCUGUCUUUUCUGCCUGUCAAACUAAGAGCAAGACUCCUUCCUUUCCAGAAAGAUGGAAUUGCAUUUGCACUAGCAAGAGGUGGCAGGUGCAUGAUAGCUGAUGAAAUGGGCCUGGGCAAAACAAUCCAAGCAAUCGCCAUCGCUUACUUCUACAAAAAGGAAUGGCCACUCUUAGUGGUGACUCCCUCCUCCCUGCGAUACCCUUGGGUGGAGGAGAUAGAAAAGUGGGUCCCAGAGCUGGACCCUGAAGAGAUCGUCAUUAUUCAGAACAAAAGUGACGUGGGGAGAAUAUCAACCAGCAAAGUGACCCUUUUAGGUUAUGGCCUGUUAACCACAGAUGCACGAACUCUGAUCGAGGCUCUCAGCCACCAGCACUUCCAAGUGGUCAUCGUCGAUGAAUCUCACUACAUGAAGUCCAGAAAUGCAUCCCGCAGCAAGAUUCUCUUGCCGCUAGUUCAGAAUGCCGAUCGGGCCAUUCUGCUCACCGGAACCCCAGCUCUAGGGAGACCUGAAGAGCUCUUUAUGCAGAUUGAAGCACUUUUCCCAAAGAAAUUUGGAACAUGGACUGAAUAUGCAAAAAAAUACUGCAAUGCUCAUGUCAGGUAUUUUGGAAAAAGAACUCAGUGGGACUGCAGAGGGGCAUCAAAUCUAAGUGAACUUCAUCGGCUGCUAAGUGACAUAAUGAUCCGAAGAUUAAAGAGCGAGGUUUUAGCCCAGCUACCACCCAAAGUUAGACAACGAAUUCCAUUUGAUCUUCCGACCGGGGCUGCUAAGCAACUGAAUGCCAGCUUUGAAGAGUGGGAGAAAUUGAUGAGGGCUUCAGCCUCGGGGACUGAGAACAGUGGCGACUUCUCUCGGGCCAUGGGGCUGAUCACACGCAUGUUCAAAGAGACGGCUCUUGCCAAGGCAGGGGCGGUGAAGGACUACAUCAAGUUGAUGCUCCAGAACGAGUCACUCAAGUUCCUGGUCUUUGCCCACCACCUAAGCAUGCUGCAGGCCUGUACCGAAGCAGCCGUAGAAAACAAGGUCCGUUACAUCCGAAUAGAUGGAAGUGUUCCGUCUUCAGAAAGGAUGCAUCUGGUACAGCAGUUCCAGAAGGAUCCGGACACCCGCGUGGCCAUCCUCAGUAUUCAGGCCGCUGGCCAGGGUUUAACUUUUACUGCUGCCACUCAUGUUGUGUUUGCUGAGCUCUACUGGGACCCAGGACACAUCAAACAAGCAGAAGACCGGGCUCACCGAAUUGGGCAGUGCAGUUGUGUAAAUAUCCAUUACCUCAUUGCCAAUGGAACGCUGGAUUCUCUCCUGUGGGGCAUGCUGAACCGCAAGGCAGGAAUUACUGGAAGCACUUUGAAUGGCCAGAAAGAGCGACUGCAGGCUGCGGAGGGUGAUAGAGAAAAGUGGGAUUUCCUGAGCUUUGCCGAAGCAUGGACCCCAAGAGAAGACCCUGAGGAGAUCCAAAAUGAAACCUUAUUCACUAAGUGUGAGAAAGAAAAACAGCAUGAUAUCCGUUCCUUCUUCUCCCCGAGACCCAACAAGAAAAGGCCCAGCAGCCCGGCCUCCUGCAGUGAAUCCCGCUCCAUCCCCGGAGCGGACAGUGAGUCCCUUCGCUCCGGAGACACCAUUUCAGAGGCGGCUGCUGGUUUGGAGAGCGAUUUUGAGCCUGCAUGCAAAAGGUCUCGAUCAGAGGGCAAACCCGCCCAACAGGACUGUGUUCCCAGAGGGAGCCAGUCCAGGCCGGGCGGAGCCAGCUCGUCGUGCCCCGGAGCGGGAGCUGAGGGGGUCCAGCCCAACCCCAGCAGGGCAGCCCUCCCUGGCCACCAAGGGUGGGACUGUGGUCGCUGCACCUAUGUCAACAGCUCCUUGUUACCGUACUGUGAGAUGUGUGAGCAUCCUCGACGGAGCCCAGUGAAUCUGAGCAAAGAAGGAGAGGGGUACCGUGACUGCACCGCCAGAGGACAAGGAAACGUUUCUGAGGGGUGCGGAAGAGCUGACGUGCUGCGCGCCGACAACUCGGAUGGGGUAGAACCGGACCGGGAGUCCCCGGGGACUGAGCCCUCCACUGAGAGCAAGGAAAGAGGAAGAGGAGGAGGCUGCAUUCAGGCUGAGGCUCAUGAGGAACCGUUUGAGAAUUCAGAUGCUUUCCCAGUGUAUGAUGGCCUGCUGUUUUGUGCAAGUAGGAACACUGACCGAAUACACCUCUACACCAAGGGUGGGGAAUCCAUGGGCUGCAAUUUUGUUCCUUUGGAUGUAAAAUUCGACCUCUGGGAAGAUUUACCAGCCAGCUUUCAGCUGAAACAGAACCGAUCACUGAUUGCAAGGUUCGUGCGGGAGUGGUGGUGCCUGACAGCCAUGAAGCAGAGAAUUCUUAGGAAAAGCGGCCAGAGAUUUAGCAGCCCUGCCCUCGCUCUGGAGGAGAUCAUGCAGCCCCUCAGCAAGCAGAUUUGUACCAAAAGAUAUAUAACCAAAGCAGAUGUGGCCACCGCCUCGGUGAACAAAGCUCACAGUCUUGGGGGCAGCGUCCAGGUGGUCACCAAGGAAUCCAGGUUUUCCAUUCAAAACAAAGACCGCUCCGCUGCAGAAAGCCAGGAAAGUCCCCCAAAGAAGUUGUCCGAGCCUGAAGCCCAGGGCCUCAUCAGUCUAAAUUCAGCCUCAGCUGUCCCUGAGCUCCCCGCAGACCCUUCCGGGUCCAAAGGCUACGUGCAAGCUGUCGAUCAGGACGGAAACCCACUCUGUCUCUACUGCCAACAGCCCUCGAGCCAAAGCGGCCAGCAGAACAAGGCCAUAGGGUGGGAUUGGCGGUUCUGUUCCCUGAAUUGUCAGGAGGAGUUUGGGAUCCGUUCUAGCAACAGUUACCUGCGGGCUAAGGUGUAUGAGGCUGAGCGAGGUGUGUGCCAGCUGUGUAACCAGAACGUCCAGGAGCUCUUCCUCCGCAUCAGAGACGCCCCUAGGAACCAAAGGAAGAGUCUUCUGGAUGUCACGUGGACAUCCCAGCUUCCUCUAGAACAGUUGAAUGAGAUGAUAAGAAGCCCGGCAGAGGGGCAGUUCUGGCAAGCGGAUCACAUCCAGCCCGUUGCGAGUGGUGGGGGCCAAUGCCCCCUGGGGAACCUGCAGACGCUGUGCACACUGUGCCACAGGAAGAGAACUGCCCAGCAAGCCAAGGAGAGGAGCCGGCUGAGGAGACAUUCCCUGGCUUCCAAGCACGGAUGCGACAUCACGAGGUUUUUAGUCAAGAUGUGAAGGCCGGAUCCCCAGAGUGUCAUUUUGGGAAAGCGGAGGUAGCAAAGACAUGGUUCUUCCUUCCCAGGGAUCGAGGACAGAUGCGGAGCCGAGAGGCGGAAGGCGCCAUCUGCCAUACAGUGGGAACGGGUUGGGGGUCAACGAUCCGGAGCCAUUGACUGCUGUGUUGGUUUGAAGGUGGCCUUUUGGCCCAUUCUGCUCGAUGGCUGGUGGGGGUGGUUUGGCUUUGGGGUUAUUAGCUUGGGGCCGUGGUGCCUUCCGUCACACGCAGAAGGGUGGCAUCUACCCAAUCACGUUUGACACCCACA